UUCACUCCGAGCAUUGCCUCUGGUUUACGUGUUUCUUUUGCGCCCACGUGGACGGAGUGAUGUAAUCGGUUCAUCAGCUUUCACGACGUGUUUGUCAUAAGCAGUGUUACAGUGCAUCAGGAUCACGAGAAUCCUGCAGCAUCAACAGGUACUGGAGGUGCGGAGUGCGGAGUAGUGUUACUCAGCCAUACCUUCACGACUUUGCCUUGAUGUACAGCCAUGUGUGGAUACAGUGGCCCGCCGCCAAUUGCACGCACGAGGUGCAGGGCCCUCCAGAUGCUGCUCCUGUUACUGCUGGCCGUGGCUGCACCUGCUGCUGCGGCGCCCGUGACGUCAGCAGAGGAACCCACAAGCACCAGCACCGAGGCGACCACGGUAGGCGCUGGCGACCAGCUGCUCGAGUCUCUUACCCAGGAAGAGCGAGUGGCUUUGAUGGCGUACGAGCUGGCGGCAGCGCUGCAGCGGCUGGCGGAGCAGGAGGCGGAGGUCGGUGACGUCACAGAAGAGGCGACGGCGCGCAUCGUGACGCGGCAGGGGGACGCCUCCGACUACACCGACACGGAGGGCGGCGAGGAGACGCCCGCCACCACGCCGCUGCACCGCGCGCUCUCGCUCCAGCCCUACAGCGCCACCACCAGCGUCGCUAAGAGCAUUUCGUUGUCGAAGACAUUUCAGUCCAUCCUAAACCGCUGGGUGCAAGCGAGGUCAAACGUUACCUACUACAAAGUCGUGACAGUCAAUGCCAAGAUAACCAUCUGCUUUCCUUUCAACGUUUGCUUCGAAAUACAGGAUCCUUGGGGCCUGUGCUGUCCCUUCUGAACCACAGAAACACAGUUUAUGAAGCUUUUUUAUUAGUGAUAUCUGUGUUACCUGGUAGCAUGUAGAACGCAGGACACAGAUACAUGUGAAACGAUUUCGAGCCUACAUAAAAAGUUUUCAUAAAGUUGUCAUCACAUAGACAACAACUGUGUUCAUAUAUGAGAAGACACUGAGAAUAUUUGUGCUGAUAUUUUUGGUUGUGGUAGUUCAUACUUUUUUAUGCUGUAGUACUAAUUGCAAGAGUUGUAGUAUGAAGCAGCUGUAUAUUUUUCUGCCUUAUAUGACUGUGUGAUAAACGUCGUAUUUUUGUACAAUUUACACGUUUGAUAUUGUAUACAGUAAAGUUAUUUAUACCAAAAAUCACAAUGUAUGGAUAUUCUACAAUAUUAUUUACUUAACUGAUUUCUGCCUAGAAGAUCAUUAGUCAACCAUUUAUUAUCUGAGUAUGACGUUUAUGCCGCAAACUGGUUACUGUAAUAAAUUAACACUGUAGAAAACCUACAUUGUUGUAUUUUCGAUUUAAAAAUAUGAUUUUUCAUCAAACAGCGAUGGAAGAAUCAAAUCACAUGUUACAGUUAUUAAAAGUGAACGGAAUGUUGCUGUAGUGAAAAUUUCAUUUAUCUGUUGGGACAAAAUUGUACAUGUGAAAAAGCUACUAACCGUUCACACAGUGUACCUGAUAGUUUAAGCUUAUAGUUUCAUGUA